AUGAAGGCGUUUAAUGCCUGGCGAGCUAGUGAUGGAGGUAAUAAAAGCUCCAUGGAUGCCGUCACAGAGCUACAGCAAGUCAUUUUAAAGAAAGAUCUGAUGAUUCUGAGUCUACAGACCCAAUUGGAUGCAUAUACGACACGAUUUGGUGUCUUAUCGACGGAUCUUUUAACCCAAUUAGCACAAUCGGAUACAAAUUAUACCACGGAAUUAAAUUUAAAUCGGAAGGAAUUAGCAGUCGAAAGUAAAGUUUUACGAGUAUCAGAUAAAACACCGUCUUCUAUUGUAGCCACGUCGCCUGCGUCAUUAAACGAUCGAGUCACUUUGGACACAGACAAAGAGGUACAAAAAUGUGUUGGUAAAAAUGUGGUACUAGACUUUGUCCAAGACUCGCCCAUGUUUCGACGUCAAGUGGAAGAUUUUGAAGAGUCUCUUAUGGGAUUACGAGCUCUUAUAAAAGAGCUUGUAAUCCAUUCAAAAGAGUACGCAGCUGCAGGAAAAUCUUUUGGUAAAGAGGAGACGGCACUGGCAGAUGAAUUGGUCCAGCGCAAACAUGCACGUGCUCUUUUUUCUACAAGUUUUUCGGAACUCGGGAGUUUACCGGAAUUAUUUCGUGAAAUGCACGAUAUAUUGGCACAGGUACAGAGUUCACGUGUGAACAUGUUGCUUCGUGUCGAGUCGUUACUGAGUAGAUUGAUACAACAAUUUACGGAGAAAGAAUUGCUGAAAGAAGCUGGAGAAUUACGGAAAGAUGUGACAAAGCUGGGUGAUGAAUAUGAAACGCUUCUUGCUAAGCUACUGAGCAAACCUAGACAACCAGAACAACUAUCAAACGAAACAGUAACUCCUACUGGAUCGGGAGAUUUGGUUGGAAUGCUGGGACUAGGCAGCCCUGCAUUGUCCGGUAGUGGAGCUGGUGAUCCCACAAGUACGGGGACGCCACCAGUCUCUGUUUCUAGUGGUAGCAGUAGUAUUUUUAGUUCAGAUCCGGGGCCAACGACUAGUGGAAGUGAGAAACGUCAGCGAGCUAUGGAGCGAGAAGUGAUGGUAGCACGCCAACGGUUUGAACUGGCUCGCUUUGACCUCGUUCGGUAUCUAAAUCGAGUCGACUGCAUGAAGAAGCUCGUUUUGACAGAGUGCUUCAAUUCCAUUAUGUACGCGCACCUGGGUCACUAUCACGCAUGCCACGAGCUGAUUAAGUCUGUGGAGCCUACGCUGCGUAAACGUCAAGAGAUGAUGCAAGUUUCACGCAAGGAUUUUGAGCGGGACGAGUUGAUGUGGUCAUCACAGCGGGAGAUUCUCGACAACCGGUUAUCGCAAGAUGUCGACACUUUCAGUAUUAACCUUGGGUCUAAUGAAUCUUCACCAGUGGCAUCAGGUGUGCUGAGCGUUGAUUCAGCCGUUUCAACCGCAUCGUUCCCAUCGCUUGACUUGCCUGUUGAGGUAAUCUCAAGUGACACUUUUAGUAGCCGAGAGACCGUGGCCACUUGUUCUGGCGGUCUUGCAAAGCAGGGCUAUUUGUUCGUUCGUAACUCAAUGUUUCCGGCUAGAAGCUGGAAACGACGUUGGUUCCAGAUUCAUGCUGGCAAGCUAUUUCAGACUACAUUUCGUGGUAGUAGUGGAAGGCAUCCUAGUGGAAGUUUGACUCUUGUGUGUGAUUUAUUACUCGCUCGAGUGCGUGAAUUAGAGGGUUCAUGUCUUCCUUUCUGCUUUGAGGUUAUCGACGCGAAUCGCACAAAACUUUUACUGCAAGCGGCCACUGCUCAUGACAUGUUCGAGUGGAUUGAGGCUGCACGCCAUAGCACCGAAAGCGCACUAGAAAAGCAAAGCCAUCGCCAGGAGGUGCAUCCGGAGCAACAGUCGGUCAUUGACGAGUUAACCAAGGCAAAUCCAUGCUGUGCGGACUGUGGACAGGAGCCAGCUGAGUGGGUAUCGAUUAAUAUUGGAUGUCUAUUGUGCAUUGAGUGCUCGGGCAUCCACCGCAGUCUAGGUGUGCACGAAUCCAAGGUACGAUCACUAGCCUUAGACUCAUGGGAUAUGUCCCUCCUUACGCUGCUUCGUGACGAGCUCGGGAAUAACACGGUAAAUGCUAUAUGGGAGCACUCGGUGCCUGAUAGCUGGACCAAACCGACAUCUACGACAAUUCGGGACGAAAAGGCUCGAUUUAUAAAAGCUAAGUAUCAUCUCCAUGGUUUUGCCGAACCCGAUGCAACGUUGCAUGCAUUGAAGGAUGAUGAUAGUGUAUUUAAGCAAGAAUUGGCCAAGCGGUUCAUCGCCGGAGCUUCACGUGGAAAUGUAAAAGAGUUAAUGUGGUGCUUAGCACAUGGGGUAGACGUCAAUGUACGCGCUGGUGAGCAGAACAAAACGGCACUACAUGUAAGCGCUGCUGCAGGCGCUGCAACCUGUUGCGACUAUCUCGUGCUUAACGGUGCGAGCCUGACGCUAACUGACAAAUACGGGCAUUUGCCGUACGACGCUGCCAAGCCUGGGGGAGUUGAAACCAUUAAGCUUGCACUUACGCAGAAAACGAGUCUCGAACAAAAUCAGGUGCAGAGCGACACUUGCAAGCAGCACAGGCCUGACUGA